AUGAGCUUAAUGUUUAUUCCUCAUGAUACUGAUACUCGAAGACAGACUAAUAGAAAAAAGGCUCCAAAUAUGUUUAUUUUAUACCGUAAAGACAUGAUGCGUACGAAACCACCCAUGAUGACUAUGACCAAGUUUAGUAAAGUGAUUUCUAUUAAGUGGAAAAAUCUGCCUGAUUAUGAAAAAGCAAAAUGGCAGAGAAAAUCUCAAUUAAUUAGAGAUCUAGGAGAAAAUAUAGAUGAAUCUAUGUACGACAAAUGUGAAGAUUGCCUAAAACAACAAUACCUUAACGUUAACUCGAGGAUUCCUCAAACAGAUGAGUGUCGAUCCUGUAUGCUCUCGAAAGGCACUAAUUCCGAAACCUGUGAUACUUGUUAUAACGUUACGUUUAAUUGUUAUAUCGAUUUUCACACGUGA